AUGGUACUGAAUGAAGGAAAUCAGAGCUCUGUGAACAUGUUCAUCCUCUUGGGCUUCUCAGAAUACCCCCGACUCCAGGCAUCCCUUUUCUUGGUGUUCUUGACCAUUUACACAAUCACUCUGGUGGGGAACCUUGGCAUAAUUGUCGUCAUAAGGACCAGUCCCAAACUCCACACACCCAUGUAUUUUUUUCUCAGCCAUCUAUCCGUUUUGGAUAUUUGCUAUUCCAGUGUAUUUACGCCCAAACUCCUAGGUAUCUUGGUUGUGGAAGAUAGAGUUAUCUCUUUCAGAGGGUGCAUGGCACAGUUUUUCUUUGGCUGUGCAUUUGUGAUUACGGAGAUGUCCAUGCUAGCAGUGAUGGCCUAUGACCGGUUUGUGGCUGUUUGUAACCCCCUGCUCUACACAGUUGCUGUGUCUCCUAAGCUCUGCAGCCUCCUGGUCGCUGGGACUUACACGUGGGGUGGAAUGUGUUCCUUGACAAUCACAUGUUCUCUUUUGGAGCUGUCCUUCUGUGAAUCUAAUGUCAUACAUCACUUUGGCUGUGAGUAUUCUGCCAUCAUCUCUGCUUCCUGUUCUGACACCCAUUUCAGUCAACUGACGUGUUUCAUCAUUUCUACACUCAAUGAGGUGUGUAGCCUCCUGAUUAUCCUCACCUCCUAUGCUUCCAUAGUUGUCACAAUCAUCAAGAUCCCUUCAGCUGGUGGACUCCGAAAAGCCUUCUCCACCUGUGCCUCCCACCUGACCGCCAUCACCAUUUUCCAUGGGACUGUCCUGUUCCUUUACUGUGUACCCAACUCCAAAAGCUCGUGGCUCCUCGUCAAAGUAGCCACUGUGUUUUUUACCAUCAUGAUUCCUAUGCUGAACCCUCUUAUCUAUAGCCUUAGGAAUAAAGAUGUGAAAGAGACAGUCAGGAGAUUGAUAACUAUGAAACUGCUUUGUCCCUCAAUAUAA